AUGUCUGAUUGGGGCCCGGUGUUCGUGGCAGUGGUUCUGUUUGUGCUGUUGUCUCCAGGUCUGCUUUUCCAGUUGCCUGGGCGCCAUGGCUGCGUGGAGUUUGGGGGAUUUCAAACAAGUGGUGCAGCCAUCAUGGUUCACUCCCUCCUCUACUUUGCUCUCAUUUGCGUCUUCUUGUUGGCCAUCAAGGUCCAUUUUUACCUUGGUUAA